GAAGAGCAAUAACUCUGCUAAAAAAAUUAAUUCCAAAAUCAAAAUGUCGGACUUACCACCAGGUUGGGAGAAAAGAUCGAGCCGGUCAACAGGCAAAGAUUAUUACAUGAACUUGUAUACGAAAGAGAGCCAAUGGGAAGUGCCAACAGAGCCAGCUCAAGAAAAGUCUGACAAAGUAACAUGUUCUCACCUCCUAGUCAAACAUCGUGACUCAAGGAGGCCACAAAACUGGAAACAAGAAACAAUUACAAGAAGCAAAGAGGAGGCUUUGCAGUUGCUUGAUGGGUACAGGAAAAUGAUUGUCAAUGAAGAGGCUUCUUUCGCAGAGCUUGCGGAGAAGUACUCUGACUGCAGCUCAGCAAGAAAAGGAGGUGAUCUUGGAUCUUUUGGGCCUGGACAGAUGCAGAAACCCUUUGAAGAAGCAUCUUUUGCGUUGAAGGUGGGAGAGCUGAGCGAAGCUGUCUCUACAGACUCAGGUGUCCACAUCAUCCUCCGGACAGCUUAAUAAGGCAAUAUAUCACAUAUCUCUCGUCUCUCUUCACACUUACUAAUGUUCAAAUUUUUUUAUAUAUGUAUAUGCUCAUCAGUGGAUUGCCACUUUUAUACAUGUACCCCUAUUUUUCUUUUUUACUGUUGGUAAGGGACCUUCUAUUGUGGGUAUUACUUUCUUGCCUUGUGGAGUGAGAGAAUGGAUCAUCAACUAAAGCAACUGUGCUGCAGUACUGAAGUCAGGUGUUUUUUUUCUGGAACUGAGGGAGAACUAGUCUAGUUUUUUGUUGAUGUUUUUUUUAUUUUUUAAAUUUUUUUAAAAACUCAAAUUGCUUUCAACGCAUAUUUUGAUGUAAGCUGUAUUGACAUGUUCCUAAAGCUAGGAAUUGCAACUAGUUUUAGAUUUAAAAAACAAACCCGAAUUCAAAAGGGCGUAAAAGUUUGUGCUCUUUUACUCUUUGUUUUAACUUGAGGACAAGUAUGUUUGGGACUUCGGUCAUCCUCAAAAAUAUUAUUUUUUUUAUUUCUAUGUCAAGAAAAAAGACAAAAAACAUUUCCACAUGAAACUUAUAUUUAUGAUUAUGACAUUGAAGGUUUUCAGUGUUUACCGUCGCAAUUGUCAUAAUGUUCAUGAUAUAAGAAUUUUUCGGAAUAAUUCAUCAUCUCAUGCAGGACCUUAUCAGUCUUACCAAAAUAUCUGAAUUUCCAUUUUCUCAUUCUGAUAUUGUUUUGUGAGCAAUGAUCACCAUAAUUUGUUCAUUUAUUUGGAGUCCAUCAUUGUAUUUGAACAAUACAGAAGUCAAAUGUUAUCUUCUUAUAGUGAGAGGCUAAGUAGGGCCAAAGUUUUGUUAUUUAUGCCAAGCAACUGCCUGAAACAUUAAAAACAAUUGAAAAGUCUUUGCUACAUGGUGCUGUAUGUUCCUUUCUUUGUAUUAUAUAAAGGAGUUAUUAGUAGUUUUCAAGGGUCCAUUUUUGUAGCAUUUGCAAUACUGUUUAUCUGUGAGUAUGUAUGCUCUGAGAACUUUGUUUUUGAAAAAAAAAAAUGUCUUCUUUGUUUUCUGAAGGUACCGUAUAAAAAUUAAAAGGUGUACAUUUGAAAUAUCUUAUUCGAAUCUCUUUAAUAUUUUUCUCUUGCCUUUUAAUGUAAAUGUGACACAGUGUGUCUCUGAUAAUGAUAUUCUUUCCAGCUGAAUUUUUCUAGUGCCUGUCUCAUUGAUUUCAGGUAGCACUGGUCAUAAAAGAGGUUGUUAUGCAUGAAAUAUCAUUGUAACAGCUGUUUAGUUUUCAGUUUUCAGCUUACUAUAGAACAAGCAAACUUGAGAAAAUGGUCUAUAGCCUUAUUCUUAUAUUUUUAUGAGACCGUGCUUGAGAUUUUAUCAUGUUUGAAUCUCAUUCCAAAUGUUUUUCUUUCUGCGAGUGACCAAACACUUUUCUUACAGUUUACCAUUUUUUAAAAAGAAUCAUAUUUUGAGUUACCCUAUGACUCCAAUUUAGCCAUGUUUUGGUGGUCACUCCCAUCACUGGAGUUGAAGUUGAAAUUAAAAAUUUGUGAGAUGUUUGGGUGACUGACGAUCUAAAUAAACUUUCUUCUGUAUUACGAG